AUGGGUGACUUUGUGACUGAAGCAUUCACCCUGCUGGCUGUCGCCAUUGUGAUCAUCGCACUCCGUACGGCGGCACGAUGGAUCAUGGUUGGGCCACGGAACUUUCAAGCCGACGACUAUCUCAUGAUUUUGGCGUGUAUUGUAUACGGUCUCGAAACGGGCGCUGCAUAUAUGGUGGGGGCAUGGUUUCAAGGACUCGCCAACAAUGCCAUGACAGACGAACAACGUCGGACACUGUCGCCCGACUCUGAGGAAUACCGUCUCCGGGUGGGUGGCUCAAAGGUCCAAGUCACCGGCUGGUCAUUAUAUACCCUUUUGCUCUGGCUGCUGAAGACGUGCAUGGCCAUCUUCUAUUCUCGGUUGACGUCGGGCUUGGUGAACAUGCGAGUCCGGAUCAUUGUUGCCUACGUCUUGAUUGGCGUGACUUAUCUCGUGACGAUUUGCUCCAUUCUCUUUGGCUGCCAUCCAAUGCACAAAAACUGGCAGAUUUACCCCAAUCCUGGAAACUCCUGCCAACCUGCUGUUUCCAAGAUCGAUAUCUAUGUCACUGUGGUGCUGAACGUCACCACCGAUAUCUACUUGAUCAGUAUUCCUGCUCCGAUGCUGUUUAAGGCUCGCCUUCACUGGCGAGAGAAGCUUGAGCUGCUUAUUCUCUUUAGUGGCGGCAUCUUUGUGAUGAUGGCGGGUAUUCUCCGCUGUGUGCUGAUUUUGACGGCUGGUGCAAAUGGUGCCCAACAGGCUGGUAGCUGGGCCUGUCGAGAGACAUUUGUUGCGGUGGUGAUUGGCAAUGUCCCCAUGAUCUACCCACUCUUCCGUCGUGUCGCUCGUCGAGCUGGCUUGUACCUGAGCUCGAGAGGCGGCGGAUCCGCCGAGAGUUAUCCGGCCUACCAGUUAUCAGAAGGUGGAGAGAGCGGAUACGGAAAACGAAAGAAAUUUCGUCAUCCGCUGUCCAUUCCUGGGGACACUCAGUGGAAUACGGUCAGUGAUGAACAGAUGAUGCUACCGACUUCGCGCCAGCAGCCGCCCACGUGCACAGCUGGGAGCGAGGGCGACUGGGACACACACAGCCACCACAGCAGCAGCGGAGGCAUCAAGGUGGUUCAUGAGACGAUUAUUCAAAGUACCAAGAAGGAUUCGCACAUGUAA